CCUUGUGACUAAAUCUUCCAUUUGAGUAGGAAGACAUCAGUUGAGCAAGAGAAGGGCAAUGUGUUACCAUGACUGGAGGACUAGCUGCUUUGAUUCUUCUAAGUACAUUGUCUCUGACUCAAACUACAGAUGUUCCUUGCCAGACCUCUUUGACUGUGGCUGAAGUUGGUGAUAAUUUGACCCUGACAUGUCCAGACUUUGGGAAAGAAAUUGGGUUGUUCUACUGGUAUAAGAUGAAUUUCGCACAAAAGGUCCAAACAGUUGCUUCAGGAACUUUUGACAAAAUAAUGCUUAAAGGACAAUUUGCCAACCCAAGAUUUAGUUUCACAAAAAUGGAUGAUCAUUAUUCUCUCAUCAUAAGGAACGUGAGCAAAGAAGAUGAAGCAACAUACCUCUGUCAAGCAGGAACGGCAUAUGAAAUGGAAUUUAUUAAAGGCACAAUUGUGAAUGUGAAUGAUCGGAAUCAGCAGAAACACGUCUAUGUGAAACAAAGUCCGGAGAAAGCAUCUGUUCAGCUGGGAGACUCAGUGACUCUGCAGUGUUCACUUCUCUCCAAGAACAAAGAAAACAGAGUCCAGUGUCCAGGUGAACACAGUGUGCACUGGUUCAGAUCUGGAUCAGGAGGAUUUCAUCCAGGUAUCAUCUACACUCACAGCAGCAGGAGAGAUGAACAAGAGGGAAGAAGCUGUGUCUACAGUUUGUCCAAAACUAUGCAGAACUCCUCUGAUGCUGGGACUUACUACUGUGCUGUGGUCACAUGUGGAGAGAUCCUGUUUGGUGAAGGAACUAAAGUGGAGACAGGACAAGAACUUUGUCCUCUUGUCAUUGUGCUUGGGACACUGCUGUCCUGCUGUGUCAUUGUGAUUGCUGCACUAAUUCUCUGCAGAAAGCAAAAGCCUGUUUGUGAACAUUGCAUAGGAGAUGUUUUCAGUCAUGCUGAACAUGACAGAUCAGCUGAGGAUCAACCAAGUUUUGUGCAUUUGCAGGAUGGUGAAGCAGAGGCAUUGAACUAUGUGGCGCUGGAUUUCACGUCAAGAAAAGCUAAAAGAUGGAAGAAUAACAGGGAGUCACCACAGGAGUGUCUCUACUCGGGCAUGAGGGACUAUCAGUGAACUGCUGUCCCCAUGAAGAAGAAGCAAUUGAUAUGUACAGUGUCACAUAAAAUAUUACUGUUUGGAUGAAAUGAGAUGAUUAUUAUUAUUAUUAUUAGUAGUAGUAGUAGUAUUAUUAGUUCUUCUUCUCUUGUCAGAUUGAUCUUGCAUAAUCACUUAAAAUCUGAGUGUAAUACAAAUAAUGUAAGUACCUUUCUCUGCCAUUAAAGAGAAAAUCCAUGUUCUCUGUUUAUUAUAUGAUGAUAUUAGACAGGUUUAUGAAUAACCCAGUAACUGGCUGAUGCUCAAGGAGCAAAGAGCCAGAAUUGAUCUCGGUAAAAAUGCCUCUGCUGUUAGCUUAGACAUCUCUUUGCCUAAACCCUGUUAUCCCUCUGUAACUUUAACACCAUUGUCAAUAACCAUUUUCUGUCUGUAAUUGCUGUCAUUAGGCCUGCAUCUUGUUUUGCCAUCAGCUUGAUGCUUUACUUACUUUUUAUUCCUCCCCCCUGCAAACAUCUCUGCUCAGCCGACCCAUCCUGUGUCAAUAAACAUGUCAUGUCAUGUCAUGUCAUCAUCUGCCGCUUAUCUGGGUACAGGCCCAGGUCACGGGGGCGACUGCCGCCCAGUUCCCAAUGCAUCGAAGUCCUACGGCACCCCCUACAGGUGGUGGGCCCAUGGUACUGGGGCUCAAACCCACAACCCCGAGAAACGGAGUCUCGUGCUCAACCAACUGAGCUAACCGGGCGGUACUCAAUAAACAUUUAAAUAAGAAAUUAAUAAAAAUAAUACACAUU